GGUUGCAUUUCAUACUUUUAUAAGAAAACACUGCUCUCGAUCAGAAGUUUGUGGUCCUUUAACAAAUUAAUAUAAUUUUACUAGCUUAGAAAGAUAACAUAUAACGUGGUAAUUGUCAAACAAGUUAGCUGUCAAAUAAAUUUCUAGAAGGACAAUAGCAAAGAAGAUGUCAAAUACAGAAUCUUUAGCAGAGGUAACAGAUGUAGUUCAAAUUCUUCGACAAUGGGAAGAGGAACAUUCGUCACCUACGUAUGAUCCAAUUCCAACACUUCAAAGACUGGCAGAAAUCAUAGAAUUAGAAACUGAAAAUUAUUUGAAAAUGGAUCCAGAUCCGUUUGAUGAAAGACAUCCAUCACGCACAGAUCCAGAGUGCAAUUUUGGGCAUAUAUUAAAGGUUCUGUUUAGAAAGGAUAAUUUUAUGACCAAGCUUAUAAAUGAUUAUUUGAGAGAUACUUACUGGUCUCGCGCGGGCGUUACGGGUCGCGAUGUUAGAAAGCUCAAUAUUGCAGCCUGCCGUCUUAUGCUUGAUAUACUUCCUGGUUUAGAAACUUCCGCAGUAUUUCAGCCAGAUAUGGAAGGGCUUAUCCAUCGUCUUUUUUCUUGGGCAGAGAAAAGUGUCGAACCCUUGCAAAGUUAUGCAACCGGACUUGUAGCUGCAGCAAUGGAGGUUCAGGAAAUUGCGACAGGAUUUAGAGAACAAAACGGAAAAGUGGUUCCUCUGAUGUUAAAGAGGCUUCAUAAUUUACAAGAGAAGGCACAGGAGGAUAGACAACUCGCAGUUAAUAACAGACCGUUUGCACAUUUUGGCCAAGAUAAAAAUAGCGGAGGGGAUGGUGAAAACAAAGGUGUUCCUGGUAAAAGAAAAGUGCGAGAAAAACGAAAAGAGAACGGUGUUCUUAAAAGCCCUAAUCGCAGUAAUUAUUUCUCCGAGGAUGAAGAAGAUUGUCUUCAGUCCUCCGAGGAUUCUGCACCGUUACCUAAGAAAAAGAAAAACAAUACAGAAUGCGAGACUCCUGUAAAGAAUGAUAUCAUUUAUCCAGAAAUGUCGCCGCCUUUGUCCGUGCCAAAGAAUUUUAAUUCUAACAAUCAAGUGACACCGUCUAAGACGCAAAACACUCACGGCAGACCUGGUAAUGUUUCUUCUGUACGAUGCAAUCUGCAAAAAAACUCUGCAUCUUCGUUGCAGAGUUCAAGUACUCCCUCUCCAUUAUUAGAAGGAAAUUCAAACUCAUCAUGGGCAGAAAUGGAAUCGUAUGUUAUUGGAAAUGUGCAAAUACAUCCUCCAACACUGGCCACGAGACAAAUGCUGAUACUGAGGUAUCUUACACCAAUGGGUGAAUAUCAAGAAUUCUUAGGUCAUGUUUUUGAACAAAAUGCUCUGGAACUAAUUCUCAAGUACAUUAAUGUUAGAGAAACCAAGGACAGUCGCCUAGCUUUCGAAGCUUUGAAAUAUUUAGCCUCUCUUCUCUGCCAUAAGAAAUUCUCCAUUGAGUUCCUCAAUGUUGGAGGUUUACAGAAACUAUUAGAUGUUCCGAGACCCAGCGUUGCGGCUACGGGAGUUUCUAUUUGUUUAUACUACCUAGCAUACUGCGAGGAUGCAAUGGAAAGGGUGUGUCUACUACCAAAGCAUGUUAUUUCGGAUCUUGUUACUUACGCACUGUGGCUUUUGGAACGGAGUCAUGAUUCCGGAAGAUGCCACGCAACGAUGUUCUUUGGAUUUUCAUUUCCAUUCAAGGUGAUACUAGAAGAAUUUGAUGCACAGGACGGAUUGCGAAAACUUUUCAAUGUGAUAUCCACAUUACCGAUAUUAAACAUAGAAGAAGAGCCAGCAUUAAAUGAUGAUGAAGAGUGUGCUUCUAGACAAAUAGUUAGACAUGUUGCAGUAGCUUUGAAACGAUACAUGGAAGCUCAUUUACAUUUGAAAGCAGAGCAAUUACAAAGAGCAGAAAAUGUUAGAGCAGAACGCGAUACGUUGCAGCCGUCGUUACCGCCUUAUAAAGCUUGUAAACUAAGCAGCGAGGAAGUACAAGCGAAGGUGGAAAUUCUUCAAAAAUUAAUGUCUGUAAGAGCAGUAUGGCCGCCGGUAGAAGAGUUACAUCGUCUCGGAGGCAUAACGCUUCUUUUACAGAUUAUAGCUUUCGCUAGAGAAUGGAAUUAUAGCGGUCGUGUUCACACAACUUCCAGCGCGGAAACAGUCCGCUCGUGUCUCGAUGUAAUAGCCAUUUGUUCUGUUGUGCCAAAAGUGAUGCUUUUACUCUGCGAAAGAGUCGACAUGCCGGAUAUGUCAAUGACGAUGGCAAUUAAUUUACUUUUGGCCGCGGCAGAGUGUGAAAUUAUUGCCGAUGCUGACGUACAGAGAGCCGCGCUAAGGGCCGUCAUUAAUUGUGUCUGCGCUCCGAUAAAUAGGAUCGGCGGUAACGUAGCAAGAUAUUCGGUAACAGGCUCUGCCAAGAAAAAAGCUAAUAUUAAUAAUAGCGAAGAAUUAAUACAAAAGAUUUGGGAAAGCGUAAGAUCUAAUAACGGAAUAAUGGUUUUAUUACAAUUAAUGAUGGUUAAAACUCCAAUCACAGAUGCAGAUAGCAUAAGAGCACUAGCCUGCCGUGCAUUGGCAGGUUUGGCGCGCAGUGAAAAAGUCAGACAAAUAAUUAGCAAACUUCCAAUGUUUACCGACGGGCAAAUUCAAGCUCUUAUGAAAGAUCCGAUACUCCAAGAAAAGAGACAGGAGCAUGUCACAUUUCAGAAGUACGCUUUAGAGUUAAUGGAAAGAGUUUCUGGCAAAGCAAAGCCUACUGGAGCAGAAUAUGAAAUCUCUUUGGUUAGCCUGCACAGGGCAAAUGUAGUAGCACAGACAAGGAUACAAUACAACGAACAGCAGUUAAAUCAAUUAAUAUACCAACAUUUAAUGGCAAAAGGCUUAACCGAAACAGCAGCAACUCUUCAUAGAGAAGGGAGUCUAGAUUCUUCUGCAAUAAUGAAACCAGUAUGUACAUAUCAACCGUUUACGUAUCGCAGCCCUGCAACUACUGGAACAAGAAACGGAUUUUCUCCUGGAGCACCAGUUAAUUUAUACAACACAAGAUGUAACCAAAGAGAAGUGUCUUCUCGGAACAACACUACACCUACUUCAUCGUCUAGAUAUAUAUCUCAUUCGACUACUGGUUCAAGUUCAUCGUCUCUAACCUGUGGGAAUACUAUACGCCUGAAACUUUCUGACUGUCUUAAUCAAAAUGUUAUUUCGAAUAGCACAAAUCAACCGAUUAAACUACAAAUUAACCAAAAAAAAAGUCAAGCGGAUAAGCAGCUACUAGUCAAUUCUAUAAACUGUCUGUCAACUAUGCAACCGACUUCAUGUAGAUCGCUACAGAAGCAAAUUUCGAGAGACCCUGGGGGUGGCGGAGGACCUGGUGUAGCUACGUCCAACCCAUCCACCAUAACAUUGGAUUCUAUUAUUACAGAAUAUUUAACUAAUCAACACGCACUGUGCAAAAAUCCCAUGGUCACUUGUCCGCAAUUUAAUCUCUUCGAGCCACACAAAUGCCCAGAUCCCUGUACAAAGAAUUCAACGCCGAUAAACGUAACAGUAAGACUGUCCAGAAAAGAAUUGGGAAUGGAUGGUAGAAGAUUGGACAGAAGACACAUUUAUAGCCGAUUUUGUCCUGUAAAAACUUUCCGGCCUACGGACGUUGGGACCUUCACCUGUUGUAUUUUUUCGCCUUGUCAGCAGUAUUUAAUGCUGGGUACUUACGCGGGCGACGUAAAAAUGUUCAAUGCACACACAGGAAUGGAGGAAGCAACAUAUCCAUGUCACGAGUCCUACGUUUAUCACAUGGAAUCUAACCAACGUGGAAAUUUAUUGUUAACUUCCACCCCAUGGAGAAGCCCCAUGUCUGCACUUUGGAGUAUAGGAAUAUUCUUCGAUAUGAAAUUAUCUUUAGAGAACGAGGAUUAUGUCGAAUUUGGAAAGCUUCAAGAUAGAAUUAUUGGAACUCAGGCUGAAAGUGCUACAAUUUAUGAUAUAGCUACAGGAAAAUUAAUAACCACAUUUUCUCCAUCAAUCUCCAACCAGUACACGAAAAAUCGUGCUACUUCCAGUAUGAACGAUGAAUUGGUUUUAAGCGACGGAAUUCUCUGGGACGUAAAUUCAGGAAAAGAAAUUCACAAAUUUGAUAAAUUAAAUCAAACCCUUAAUGGAGUUUUCCAUCCGAAUGGUACAGAGGUAGUGUCGAAUACAGAAGUUUGGGAUUUAAGAACCUUCCAUUUAUUGAAGACAGUGCCAACGCUCGAUCAAAUGGAAGUCAUUUUCUCUCCUAUUAAUAAUAUUAUAUACGCUGUGUCUUUGGAUCAAGAAAACGGAAACGAAUCGCAUUGUGUUACAUCAUUUAAGACAUUAGAUGCUUUGGAUUAUAGUAAUAUUGCAACUUGUGAUGUCAAAAGAGGAAUUUAUGGGCUGGCUUGUAAUAAAUUCGAUACGCAAAUAGCAAUUGUCGAAAAUCAGGGAGAAUUUCAUAGCAUCCAAGAAUCAUGUGUCAGGCUGUACGAUGUUGGUAGAAGAAGAGACGAUGAGGAUGAAGCUGACGAAGACGAUGAUGAAGAAGACCUUGAUGCAAGUGAUGAUGAUGGUUCGAAUUCUGGUUCUGAUGAUAAUAAUGCUGAUGAUGCGGAUAAUGCGGACGCAGUGGCGGAAGAGAAUGGCGAUGAAAAUGACCGAAAUGAUCGUGAAAAUAAUGACGACGACGACGACGACGACGAUGAAAAUGUGCUUGACGGCGACGAUUCUGGAGACGAUAUGACCGAUUAUAGUCGGUCAUCAGAAUUUCCAGAUUAUUCUCUGUCCGAUGUCGAUGAUCUCGAAAUCUAUUUUCCAUAACUGUCCUUCAAAUAGGAAGAAACAAACAAAGAAUUUUUAUUUCAAACAGUUCCAAUGCACUCUAAAAAAGAAAUACAUUUCAUUUUCGGCCAAUCGUGAGGCUGAAGGAUGUUCAAUCGUAAUAUAUUCAUUCCUAAUUGGCGAAAUGAAAAUUUACAUUUAAAAUUCUGGAGAUAGUAUUGUAACACGAUCAUCCAACUAGUAGCAAGUCUCAUUAUUUUAGCUUAUAUGUUUGUUAACAUUAAAACAAUGAAAUUAAUUAAACAAUUGGUUAAUUACACCUUUUCAUUGUAGUUAGAUUUAUUUGAAUGAAUUUGUAGAUUUUUAUUUGUAAGCUUUAGGAAAAUUAUAAUCAAAAUAAUUUAAUAAAUGCAAAUUUGGCGGCUGGAAUUUAAAUUUCGUUUCACCAAUAUUGCAAUAUUCUAAAACCUUCAGUCGAUCGACAAAAGUGUCUCGUCUAGAUUGGCCAAUGAAAUAAUUGAAAUCGAUUUACUCAGCAAUCAUUGAAAUACCGGAUAAUACAAAAAUCAAUUUAUCGCUGAUGCAAUUUUUAAUAUCGAUCGAAUGUUUCGUCGAUUGAUUUACAUGUAUAUAUUAUUAUUUAAGGUAUUUGUUGUUCAAUGAGUAUGUAUCGCAUAUUUACUA